UUAUUUUUUUUCUCCUCGCUUCGUUCUGUUAACUGCGUUUUUUUACUCGAGGUUCCUCCUUCGCCGGAAUAUUCCAGAUUUAAACGGCGACACUCGUAUAUCUCCGAUGAUGGAAGACGGUUCGAUUCCGGCUGAGAACGGCUCGGAUCGCGAUGGAUCGGCUCUGAUAUUCCUGGGAACGGGAUGCUCGAGCGCGGUCCCUAACGCAAUGUGCUUGAUCCAGAAAUCGGAUUCUCCCUGCCACGUCUGCUCUCAGUCUCUUUCGAUCCCUCCCGAGAGAAACCCUAACUACAGGGGAAACACUUCACUGCUCAUUGAUUACUGCCAGAGUGAUGGCAAUCAUAAGUACAUUCAAAUCGACGUUGGCAAGACGUUCAGGGAACAAGUCCUUCGUUGGUUCACUCUUCACAGCAUUCCUCAAGUUGACUCUAUCAUUUUGACCCAUGAGCAUGCUGAUGCGGUACUCGGCCUCGAUGAUAUACGUUCCGUGCAGCCGUUUAGUCCCACCAAUGAUAUAGAUCCUACUCCCAUUUUUGUUAGUCGUUAUGCUAUGGACAGCCUUGCUGUGAAGUUCCCGUAUUUGGUUCAGAAGAAACUUAAAGAAGGCCAAGAAGUUAGGCGAGUGGCGCAGCUGGACUGGAGAGUCAUCGAGGAAGAUUGUGAGAAGCCUUUUGUAGCUUCAGGCUUAUCAUUCACGCCACUUCCAGUGAUGCAUGGAGAAGACUAUGUCUGUCUUGGUUUCCUUUUUGGAGAAAAAUCAAGAGUGGCGUAUAUAUCCGAUGUCUCACGCUUUCUUCCAAGCACCGAGUAUGUUAUAUCAAAAACUGGCAGUGGACAGCUAGAUCUCCUUAUCUUGGAUACACUAUAUAAGACAGGAUCCCACAACACCCAUUUGUGUUUCCCGCAGACACUAGAGACAAUCAAAAGACUGAGUCCGAAAAGGGCUCUUUUGAUCGGAAUGACUCACGAGUUUGAUCACCACAAAGACAACGAGUUUCUUGAGGAAUGGUCUAAAAGGGAAGGGAUUUCAGUAAAACUUGCGCAUGAUGGCUUGAGAGUCCCUAUUGAUCUAUGAAGAGGUAAAAAAAAGCUGAACAUCUAAAUUUGAAGAUGAGGAUGCUUAUGUGGGUCUUCUUUUCUUAAGAUACAGAGAGAGCUUCAUAUCAAGAUUAUCACUAAAAGGUUUUUGUUUUGUUAUUUGUUAUCUUAAGUUGGAUUUUUUUGUGUAUUCUUUAAGUUAUAGUUUAGGAUUUAAACUUUGAUUAUUAUCUUGAUGAUUUUGUUUCAGAUAUACCUGUUAAAAUAAUAAGUAAAGAAAGAACACAGUUCAUCUUAAAAUUA